GAGGGUGCCCCAAAGGGUCAGGGGGAGGACGCUGGGGAAAAAAAUACAGCUAGGCUGAACAACAGUCACAUCUUGAAGCUCGGAUGGUGACAUGAAGCUGGUUGUGGAAAUGGAACUGACGCCAGCUGAGCAGCAGAGUGAGAAUGAAUUGCUGUGCUGGCUCAAUCAGUCACUGCAAGCAGGGUUCACCAAGGUGGAACAGACAUGCUCAGGUGCUGCAUUUUGCCAGCUGAUGGACCUAUUGUUCCCUGGUUCUGUAAAUAUGGAUCGGGUCAACUUUCAGGCACAGCAGGAACUGGACAUCCUCCACAACUACAGUCUUCUUCAAGUUGCCUUUAGGAAGAAAGGAAUCACUAAAACAAUCCCUGUGGAGACUUUGAUUCAAGGAAAAUCUGAAGAGGCCUUGAGUCUUCUGCUUUGGUUCAAAGAUUUAUUCAACCGUAACUGUGAAGGACAGAAAUGCAGUUCUUUGAAAACCUGUGAUGCAGAGAGAUUGGUGCCAUUACCUGCUCAGCGAACAAAAGCAUUCACACAGCUGAACUUCUUCGAAGAAGAGGGCAAAUCCGAUAACUCUGGGGAUUGUGAAUCUGCACAGACUCAUCUCCUAAACACGGACAUGGCAGAGGCCGACUCGAUGGAUUCCUUUUCUUGCAGUAUAGCCACAUUAAGAUUCAUUCGCAAACAUAUGCCUGAACCAUCAGCUGGCUCCAACUCACCAAUGUCCUUCAAAGGUGCCAGGGCUGCUCUUGGGCAUGGAUACCCAAAAGAUAUUACAGCCAUAUGUGCCCAAACGCCAUACUGUUUGUACCUGUAUGUGGGUGUGGAACUGGGAGAGAAGGAAACAGGAAAUGUGAUUUUGAUCGGGUUCUUUGACCAAACAGCUGGAAACUAUUGUUUGCGUAUGCUGGAUGUUAUCCAGCCCAUGGAAGAUACAGAGACAACUGGGUUGACAAGUCUGACAGAGACGUUGAAAAAGUUUGAUAUUCCCGUGGAAAACCUCACCGUGUUUUACUCCAAUUUGGUGGACCGUGACCAGAGCAGUGUGUUCACAUUGGGUCUAAAAGCCAUGCAGCCUUCAGUGGUGUCGUUGUGUGGCCUUGUGAGUUUAACAGCCCAAGCGUGUUAUGAGGGUCUCACAGCAACAGGACAUUAUGAUCAGGUCUUAGAACUUAUCAGGAAGAUGUCUGUGCACAACUCUUCGUCUGUCACAAGAGAUACUCUAAAGCAGCUCUUCAGUGACUUGGCAAAGCUAGACACCAGUCGCCCCUUAACUGCGCAGUGCUUGCUAUUCAUCAGGAUUCUUGGUAAGAUUUCCAGUCGUUGGUCUACGCUGACCAAAUACUUUGGUUCUCAGGUGGUUGAGGAGGAGGGAGCAGGUCAGAUCCAUUCCUUCCUCUUAGACCAUAGGCUGAGGCUGAUAAUCAUGUUCCUAAGCUUUGCCCUGGAACCACUGGCUACAUAUCAAGAGAUACUGGAAAAGGGUUCAAAUUUUGGCCAGAUCCUCAAUGUUUCAUCUGGUCUGAUCCAGGGCUAUACCUCUAGUUUCCUCCAGUUGACAGCCAUCGCUCGCUACCUCAGGAAUUACGAUGACUCACUACUAAAUGAUGCGGCAGAACACCUUCCCAUAGGCAAGGUGAAAGUGGGCCACGAAGUUGAAGAUUUCUUGUCUUUGCACAAGGCAGAGCUCACUGCAUUGUUGGAAGAUUUCCACAAGAGCACGGUCUCUUUCUAUGCAGCAGUCACGUCCAGCAUUGUCAAGAGCCUGCCUCUCUCCACUGUGGCCCUUGUGAACAUGGCUGCCAUCUUGAAACCAGAGGGGAGGCUUGAGGUGACGAGCCGAACGGUGACGGACAUUGCCACCCAGAUGGGCCUGUGUCAGAACCCAGAGGAGGUGGCCCAGCUCACAGAUGACUUCCUUGAGUAUCAGCUCUGUGAGGACGUGGACAGCCAGCUCAAUGUGGAUCAGCAUUGGAAAGGGGCGCUGAGGAUCAUGGGAAAGUCGUCCAUGUUUCGUAAACUCAUCCUCAGCUUUAUGUCUUUCCCUAGAAUACUAAAAGAGGACAGGAUCUUUUCUCAGGUAUUUCAAACAGCGGAAAAGAUUGAAGAAGAUCCGAAGAAACCGGACACUGACGUUGACAAUACCUCAGGUGGCAGCGCAGAGGUCACUACCCCACAGAGGCCACAAAGAGAAUCGACAUCCUCAUUGUCAGAUGUGGUAGAACUGAGUGAGAUGGAUACUGAGGAGGAGCCUAAAGAAGAUGUUGUGUUAGUUAAAGAAACAAAACCAAGUAUAUCGGAGUCCAUAAUAAUUGAUGAUCUGGAGGAGGAGGAUGUUGAUGAGGUCAUUUGGACAGAUGUAUCACAUAAUGCGAGCUUGACAUCAUCUCCUGAUAGGCAAAAACAAGGUUACCCAUACCAGGAUGGGAGGGGCUUUGAAGCUGGCAAUCUGGUUUGGGGCAAUGUGACUGGCUACUCCAGAUGGCCUGGGGUGGUGUUGCCAUGGCGAACCAAGAACACAAAGCCUGGCAUCCGGAAAGUGAAGUGGUUUGGGGAUGGGUUGCUUUCUAGGAUUCAUGUUGGUGGACUUCACCCUUUCUCAGCUUUCGCUGAGAGCUUUUGCCACAAAUCUCUUGCUACUCUUGCCCCAUAUAAAGCUGCUAUCCUCCAGUCCCUGCAGACAGCAGCAGAGCGGUGUGGGAAGAUAUUCACAUUGAAGACUGAUAAUAAAGACGAGCUUCUGCGACAAAUGUUGGAUUGGGCUUUCAAUGGCUUCAUGCCGUCUGGACCUGAUGGCCUCAAACCUUUGCCCCAGACAGACUGCCCCACAGAAAAAAUACUGAAUCGGAAUGGCUUUCCAAAUCACUUAACAACUUCUGUGAAAAACAAACUGGAUGAGUCUACUCUGGCCAGCUUGAAACAAGUAUCUGUGUGUUUGAAAAAAAUUAACUCUUUAAACCUGGAGAAUGGCACCAUAGCCAUUAAACCAAAACCAACUGAUGGAAAUGGAACAAAGUCUCCUCACACCAGUGUUCUGGGUCGUCCUAGAAAAUACAAAAAUGGCCUCAAGAAAGACAAGGCUCAGAAACGAUCUUUAGAAAGUGAGCCAGAGCCAGAACCAGACUUCAACAGAGAUCAAAUGGUAAAUGAGGUUUUGGUCAAGGGAAAGAAUAUUGAAGAUUUCUGCUUGUCCUGUGGAACGGCUCAGAUCAGCAUCUUUCAUCCAUUAUUUGAAGGAAGUCUAUGUUUAAAGUGCAAGGAUAAUUUUACUGAGACACUUUACCGCUAUGACGAGGAUGGCUACCAGUCGUACUGCACAGUGUGCUGCGCUGGGAUGGAGGUGGUUCUGUGUGGGAAUCAUAACUGCUGCCGGUCAUACUGUGUGGACUGCCUGAAUAUCCUGGUGGGUGUGGGCACCUUUGACCGGCUGAAGGAGGUCGACCCCUGGAUCUGUUACCUGUGCGAGCCCAGCAGUGCAGGAGGCGCCCUCAAACCUCGGGAGGACUGGAGCAUCCGUGUCCAGGAGUUUUUUGCCAAUGACAGCGGCUUAGCAUUCGAACCUCACCGGGUUUACCCGUCCGUCCAAGCCAGCCAGCGAAGGCCCAUCAGAGUUCUCUCUCUGUUUGAUGGCAUAGCCACAGGAUAUCUGGUUCUGAAAGAGUUGGGAUUUAAAGUGGACACAUACGUGGCCUCAGAGAUUGAUGAUGAGUCCAUUUCUAUAUCCAUGGUGAACCAUAAUGCCAAAAUUGUGCACAAGGAGGAUGUUCGGUCCAUCACAAAGGAACAGAUUGAGAAGUGGGGGCCGUUUGAUCUCCUCAUCGGGGGAAGCCCAUGCAAUGACUUGUCCAUUGUAAACCCUGCACGGAAAGGAUUAUAUGAGGGAACGGGGAGACUCUUCUUUGAGUUCUACCGAGUGCUCAAUUUCUUGAGGCCCAAAGAGGAUGAUCCGAAACCGUUCUUUUGGCUGUUUGAGAAUGUGUCGUUCAUGGCUCACCGAGAUAAGACUGACAUCUGUCGCUAUCUGGAGUGUAAUCCAGUGCUGAUUGAUGCUGUGAGAGUCAGUCCUGCACAUAGAGCUCGCUGCUUCUGGGGAAAUCUUCCUGGAAUGAACAGGCCCAUCAUUGCCACGCAGAAUGACAAGUUGACCCUACAAGAAUGCUUGGAGAUUGGCCGCACAGCAAAGUUUACCAAAGUGAGGACCAUUACCACAAGAUCUAACUCUCUGAAGCAAGGGCCAAGAGACCUGUAUCCCGUCACUAUGAAUGGAAAAGAUGACAAUUUGUGGAUCACGGAGUUGGAAAGGAUCUUUGGGUUUCCCAAACACUACACAGAUGUGAAGAACAUGGGACGUCAGCAGCGGCAGAAGGUCCUGGGCAAGUCCUGGAGUGUCCCAGUCAUCAGGCACUUAUUUGCCCCUCUCAAGGACUAUUUUGCUUGUUAUGACAUGACCACAGCCACCACCGCUAAUACAGUAGUAUGAUCAAUCAGGAUCAUCAAAGAAAUGUAUUUGUAUCUUGAUAAAUUUUCUACAGUUGCUGCUAACGGGAACUGAUUGUAUUUAGGUUUUAAACCUCUGGCCGUGUUUUUGAUUUCACAUUUUAAUGAUUUUAAUAUUUUUUUUAUGCUUUUUGCUAGAUAGAAUUGAGUACCAGUAUGCACAGAAUUGGUAAUCCUGUGUUGAAGGAAAUCAACCAUUAGUGUGUUGGAUGUACACAAACUUCCCUUUGGGGACAAUAAUGUAUACCUUAACCUACACAAUUUUUUUUACAUGUCAUUUUCUAAAUCUAUUCCUGAAACUCCUGUACAGUAUGAUCUUGUAAAAUGCUCACUGUCUGUGUGCUAAUUUAUGAAAUGUGAAGCACAUUGACCUCAUACAGAUGGAGUCAUCUGAUUUUAUUUUUUAUGUUUGCUGUGAGAUUUGUAUUUUAUUUUUAAAGAACUACUCAAAAACUUACUCAUGAUGACCACGAGUAGGUGUUUCUGCAGGACCCUUGAUCAAACAUAAUCACAAUUAUUCCCAGGGAGCUUCCAUAUUGAUGGGGAAAAACUGGCUUUGGGUAAAUGUUUUUGUUAAAGGCGAAAAUCACAAAUGCAAUACUGUCAAAUAAAUGUAGGCUAAUUA